CAAUCUGCCAUGCUCUUGGUUAUCAAAAGAUUCUAAGUUCUGUUCACCAUGAGUUAAAGGGGCCCUGGGUUUGAUUAAGGGAGAGGUGGGGACCCUUGGAAGUUGGAAUAGAACAGAUGAGCAGGUUAGCUUUUUCAAAUGGGAUCCUAGAUCCAGCUGCUAGGCAGAGAGAGAACAGGGAACCACCAAAGCUUCCCUUAGCAAAGGCUAUACUCUUCCCAGCUGUGCCUCAUGAUGGAACACUGAGACACUGGCCAGUCUGAGAGGGUAGGAAUGGUGGUCCUUUGUUUAAUUACACAGGAACGGAAUUUCAAAGGGGUGGGGUCAGGGGCCACCCAUCUGGGAUGGAGAUGAUCUUUGUCCCUGACAGUACUGUUCAAAGGACAAGGGCUUGCAUCACUGACUUAUGAGACAUAUGCUCCAUGGCCUCACAUGGGAAUUGCAGAUCACUGGAGACAGGAGGAACAGAAACAUCCCAAAGAGAAAAGCAGGGUGGUAGGGUGGAGGAAGAAGAAAGGACUAAUGGUACCUGGAAUUGCUAGGGCUGGGAAAUGGCCUGGAAGUGGCAAGGAAGUGGCUAGAAGUCUGCUGGGGGUUCCUCACAAGACAGGGGGGUCUAACUGUGAGGUCCUCUAGCAUCUAGACCAGGUAUAAUUUCUGUACUGUUCUAAGUGUGCUAGAGCAAUAGAAGGGAAAGUUGGUCCCAAGUCUUGCUACAGAGGUAAAUUUGUAUCAUCUUAAUGCUUAUCCAAACCAGUUUACACCUCAGGGGGAAAGUGCCACCAAGGAUGCUGGCUAUGGAUAUAUGCCUUCACUCCUGCCAGUUCUAAAACUAAUUUUUCAAAAUGAAAUUUCUUUACUCUCUGACAGCGUUUCUAACCUCAGUAUGCAAGAUUUCAUUAUCUCAUAGACUCUUUCUUCCCUUCCCCAUCUUUUGCCCCCUGUCCUGUAACCCUGGCUCCCUGCUAUUACCCAGGUGUCUCUCCUGCUGUAUGACUCCACCAGGAUGAGGCAGCUUCUGUCCAAAGCCGUGGUGAUUGAUGAUGAUGAUGAUGAUGAAUAUCCCUGGAGGCAGAAUGUGCACAAAUACUACAUCCACCUCAUCCUCAGCCUCUUCCUCUUCCUCUGGUUCAUUCUGGGAAAUUACUGGGUCUUUUCUGUGUACCGGCCAGACUUUAUUCCACCUUUUCAGCAACCUCAGGCUUACUGUGACAGAACCCUAUACCUCUUUGCAGUAGGGGUCCUGGCACUCAGUCACACUGUGCUGGUCUUACUCAUCCUAGGCAGCAGCUAUGUCUACAUGUGUUCCAAGUGGAGAUUCACUGCUGACGAAGACUGACACCACGCCCUCCUGCACACACGCUCCUGUACACACAUAUGCACAGUUUUGGGAAACAAUGGUGAAUGGACAGAAUGUCCUCUGAAGGCAUUUCAGGAACUGCCAACGUGUACUGAGAAUUCUACCAGACUUAAGAAAUUCUGGCCUGCCUGGACCUGCUCUUCUCCAAGUGGGAAUUUUGUACUCAUAAGAGUUACCAAAGGGAUUUUUCUUUUUGAGGGAGAGAUGAGGAAGGCAAAGACCAGGAGACCCCUUUCAAAUCACAGUGUAAUUCCAAGGAUUGUAAAAAGGUUUGUUAUUGCUGCUGCAGAGGUCAUUCAGCUACCAACACAGGAAGCUGAAGAAAAGAGUGUGGGUCUCCAGACAAGACAGGGCUUAGAUUUUGCUGUGAUGGCUUUUGUUAUUAAAAAGAGAGUUCAUUAACUCCAAGUCCCUUUGGGGGAAAAUUAAGGGGCAGUUUCUCCCAACCCCAAAUCAGAAGGGCUCGAUCUAAUGGGAGGGGACAUCCUAAGGACAACUGUAACAUCUGCCAAGGUCAAGAAAGUAGAUUCCUUCCAGGGGCUCUGGCUGGCCUACUGGGCUGGCCAAGCAGAUAGCAGGAUUCCUUUUGUCAUGGGCUCCAUGUGCCAUCAUUGCACAUCCGGUAGUUGGCCUGAAGUCUUUGUCCUUUCUGGUUAUCUGUAGCACAGACUAGUAAUUUGUGGAUGACCCUGUGGCACAAACCGGUCUUGUAUGUUUCCAGCCAGGUGCCACCUGUGCAGGUGAUUAGUUUCUGACCCUAAAUGUUACACAAUAGCUCUUCUACUUAAUGACACAUCUAGUUUUGGAAACCUUUUGUAAAUCAAGACAUCUGGGAGUCUAGAAUGAUACCAAACAGCACCCAUUAACAUUAUUCCCUCUUGCUGCUGCUGUGGUGAGCUUAAGUUACUGGAGCCUCAGUACUAAGUUAGUGUGUAGAUGCUUCUUGGAGAGAGGACGACUCCUCCCAUCAGGACCCCCUUGCUUUAGAAUGUUCCACAGGCACUGUCAUGGAUAUUUCGGGGGUACCCACACUGAGAGGUGCACUCUUUUUGACGGCUUUCAGAGAAAAGAAACUGAGUGCACGGAAGCUUUCCACUUGAAUUUGUGAGCAUCUGUCACCGGGAGUCAUCUUUGGUCUGGUUUUCCGCCCAGGUGGGAAGUUGAUGGUGCACUCACUGUGAUUUGAAAGGAGAAAAAGAGGAACAUCCCUUAUCCUAUGCUGGUCUUUCCCAGGCUGCUUCUAAUUUUGUUUUCCCUUAAGCACGUGUGCAGCUUGCAGAUCCCGACUCAAUGCCACAGAUGCCCAAUUCCACCUUCCAUGUGUCCUGUGUCGCCCUCUCUGUCUCAUGCCAGAGUCAGACCGCAGGCUCAGACACCAGGGACCACUCACCCUCCUUUCCCUGAGCCAUGAUGCGUCAGUCCCUUAGCAUGUGUUUGGACAAGCUGAAAGCCAGCAAAUCAUAUCUCUAAGUGCCAUACUGCAACCAGCACUUUUCUUAACCUCACUGAUACUAACUUCUGAGCAGGGAUUUGAAUUCUGGCCUUAAAAAGUAAGCCAUGCUCACAUAGACAAGAAAAUGCAGACUCAGUACUCAAUUCUCUCCAGAGUUCUCCAGUUAAGAGUUGGACACUGUGUUGGGAAUAACACUGAGGUUGCAUCCAGAUUCAAUACAAAAGGGCCAAGAUGGAAGAGUCACCAUUCCUGGAGCUCAGGAGUCAAGGGCAGAGACAGCUGGCCCAUCACUGACAGCUCUGCCCAAAGAGCUUCAUGGCUGGAGACUCCCGGUUCUGGAAACUGAGCAAGUGUAAGUUCUUCUACUCACAUCUCAGCUCUGUCCUCACCUCACCGUGAAGCUAGGACACUUUGCUUGGAAUCAUAAGGGAUGGAGUCUGUCCAAGGAGAGGGUAUGAGUAGAGGAUGCAGACUUGACUCCUUCGCCUAAGAGAGAGAGCCUAUCACGGACUCAUUCAAAUCCAAGAGCAUCAAAGACCUGAUACCAGGAACCACCUACAUGGUUUCCAUAUGAAUGCUUCUGAAGCUGCUGCUGCUGCUGCUGGAGCCUUAGAAAAAGUGGAAAGAGCCUGUGGUUGGAGGUACGGCAAGGGACAUCAUGAGAAUAAAAAACACCUGUCAAGCCCAGGCAUUUAGCUUAGUGGCACCAUGCCUGCCUUGCAAGAACCAGGUCCUAAGUUCAGUCCCUGGAACUGAAAAAAAAAAAAAAUGCCUGUUAGCAGAUGGAAGAUACGGCCUAGUAUUUUGGGUACAUGAGUAGCUGGAUCUCAUAGAUCACAGAGUCCCAGUUUCUAAUAGGUCUGGUUAGCACUGGAAUGUUGCAAAAAUCUUAAUCUUGAUAUAAGUGACGAUUUACCAAAUACACUUGGAAAAGUGACAAAAUGUUCCCUUUCCCAGAAAUGGCUUGGGAAAAGAAUUUCGCCUCUGAGAAAACACUGCAGCAAAGAUAAACUGUACUUUGAAGUCAUUUUCUUUAUCAUAUUGGGGAUCUUUCUAAAAACAGUUCUUUGCCUGAAUCUAUACAAAUGACUGUUGCAAACAGUAAAAUGGAACCAGUCACUGGAGUCAGCCACAUCAGUAGUUCUCAAACCUCAGCAAACCAUCAGUGCUAUCGAAGGGUUUACUUCAAAAGCAGAAUCAGUCCUCAGAGUCUGAUACAUGGGGCUCACUGAUUCUGUUUCAGUGGACCGAAGAACCACAUGUCCACAAAAGCCUCACAUGAGAUGUGAACCCAGGCCGUCUCAGUUGUGACCAGGACACUAUGAUGUUAAUUCUAGUACAUCAUGUUUCCAUCUACAAAGUGUGAUUGAAAGAUACAGUGAAUGUAUAUGGUGAAUGUUUAAAAUCUUUAAAUGUAUUAUGGUAA